AUGUCUUCCUUGAAACUUGCCUCCCUUCUCCAUCUUCUAAGCUUUAUUCUUCUUUCCAAAGCUGCAUUUGGUGACGACCCUCUCCUUCACAUUUGUUCAAGCCCUGAUAACUUCACCACUAAUGACCCUUUCGACAAAAACCUACAACAGCUCGCAGGGAAUCUUUCAAACGAAACACCAACCAAUGGUUUCAGUCUUGGCUCCAGGGGUCAGGGCCCGUAUGAAGUUUAUGGACUAGCUCUUUGUCAAGUUAAUGUCUCAUAUGCAGACUGCUGGAGCUGUGUUGCUACUGCAAGCAAAGAGAUUCAGAACCGUUGCCCAAAUAGCAAAGGUGCAACCAUUUGGUAUGAGAAAUGCUUAUUUAAGUAUCGAAAUGAGAAUUUCUUUGGCCAUCUUGACUUACAUGGCGUGGGUCUUUGUUCCCCAAAUAGUGUAAGCGAGUCCAUUGUAUCAUUUAACGAAACCAAAAUAAAUUUGUUGAGCCAACUUGCCAAGGAGACUCUUCGAUCGCAAAAUUUGUAUGCAGUCGGAAGUUCAGAGCUCAACGGAGGAUCAGAUAAACUGUAUGGUUUUACUCAGUGCACGAGGGACAUUUCUAGCUUGGAUUGUGGGGUUUGUCUUCGUUUUGUAUUCAAGAAACUUUCCCAAUAUUGUGACGGGAAAGACGGAGGACGCAUUUCGAGCGGGAGUUGCAGCGUAAGAUAUGAGAUGUACGAAUUUCUCAAUGCUUGA